UUUGACAAACCGGGUUUUGGAGUUUGUUGUCGGGUCUCAGCCACCAUUCACUCAAAACAAGCAUCAACCACCGACGAUGUUCGUCACUUCAGGAUUCUCUUCAUUUCUCAUUUUUCAUGAAAAACUUUAAUAACUUUUCUUCUCUAUUCAGAAGCCCUUCUGUUGACUGGUGCUCUCUGCCACACUGACUGGUUAAUGAUUCAUCAUCACAGUGUUCUAAAAACAAGUAGAUUCCUCAAUCCACAUAGAGAAGCCCUUGGUUUGACCAGUGUAAUUGUUGAUUCUGUUUGUCAUUUAGCAUUUAGUUCAAUGAAACAAAUCAAUUCUAUAGGGGAUUCUAGUUUGUGUACACUUGCCCCCAGUAAGGAAUCUAUGAGUGUAAAAUCCACCCCUGAAAUAGAAAAGAAGUUCGUUCAUCAUGUAUAUGAUGCUAUUGCUCCACAUUUCAGUGCCACUCGAUUUGCCAAAUGGCCGAAGGUUGCAUCAUUUUUAUCAUCUUUGCCCUUGGGGUCUCUUGUCCUUGAUGCAGGAUGUGGGAAUGGGAAAUACCUAGGUUUGAAUCAGGAUUGUUUUUUCAUAGGAUGUGAUAUAAGUCCUUCCUUGAUUAAAAUCUGCUCUGAUAGAGGGCAUGAAGUUUUGGUGGCAGAUGCUGUGAAUCUUCCUUACAGAACUGGUUUUGGUGAUGCGGCUAUAUCAAUAGCAGUGUUACAUCACUUAAGCACUGAAAAUAGAAGGAGAAAAGCAAUAGAAGAAUUGGUCAGAGUUGUUAAAAAGGGUGGCCAUGUUCUGAUUACAGUUUGGGCUGUGGAACAAGAGGAUACAACUCUAAUUACCAAAUGGACUCCACUGACUGAGAAGUAUGUUGAAGAGUGGGUAGGACCAGGAAGUCCUCGAGCUCGGACACCCUCACCCUUGCCAUUAGAAAGUAUUCCUGAGAGUGAGGAGAGUAGCACCGGUGAGAACAUAAAAGUUUGCAGUGAGUCAAAUGUAUGUGAAGAUUUGGAGGCAGAAAAACAUAUGAAGAACCAACAGGAAUACUUUGUUCCGUGGCAUUUACCUUAUCAUCGUGCUGAAAUCAGUGGUGCUUCUUCUCAUGCUCUUGCUGCUGGUCUGGCAACUAAAGAUGACAAAAAAGGUGCUGUGGUGUAUAAUCGAUAUUAUCAUGUUUUUAGUGAAGGAGAACUUGAAAGUUUGACAACUGGAAUAAACAAUGCUAGAAUCGUUGAUCAGUUCUUUGAUAAAUCCAACUGGUGUAUUAUUCUGGAGAAAACAGCAUAACCUAGAAAGAAACCUGUUUGAUACAUCAAGGAUCCUUGAGUGAGUAUAGAAGGCCAGAGUGUUGUAUGACAACUUUUACAAAAUUUAUCUUGCAGGUUAACUUUGUCUGGUAUUCAACUUAAUAUAAAUAAAAAAAAUGGACAGCUGCAAAACUUUGAAAGCAUUAUUCUCUGGCCAUUACGAUCCAGAUCAGGCUGCAUUCUUCAAGAAAACCUGAGUCGCAAUUUUUAUUUUUCUUUCUUUUUAUUUGCAAAGCCCAGUUUUGAUUGUAACAAUAGGGCAUGAAGUAGGCAUGUGUUGGUGUUAUAUCUGGCCACUUUGUCAGCCCAAACAUUGCUGAAUAUCUUUUAUACAGGAGCAUUUCUACAACGUCGUUUAUUGGAAGUUUAUUUCACAGUUGGAUUUCAGUA